AUGGCCCAAAAAACCCAACAGGAAGGCGGCGCCGCCGGCGCGUCUCCUCCUCAUCUCCACGUCGUGGUGUUCCCAUGGCUGGCGUUCGGCCACAUGAUCCCGUUCCUCGAGCUCUCCAAGCGCCUGGCGCGGCGCGGCCACGCCGUCACCUUCGUGUCCACGCCGAGGAACGCCGCCAGGCUGGGCGCCGUCCCGCCGGAGCUGUCUGCGCGCCUCCGCGUCGUCGCGCUGGGCCUCCCGGACGUCGAGGGCCUCCCGGACGGCGCCGAGUCCACCGCCGACGUCCCGCCCGAGAAGGUCGGCCUGCUCAAGAAGGCCUUCGACGGCCUCGCCGCGCCGUUCGCCCACCUCGUCGCGCUGGCCUGCGCCGACGCCGACGCCGGCGGCGGCGGUAGUGGCAGUGGCGACGCUGUUGGGGUUGGGUUCUCGAGGAAGCCCGACUUUAUCAUCCUCGACUUCGCGCAGAACUGGAUCUGGCCAAUCGCCGAGGAACACGAGAUUGCGUGCGCCAUCUUCCUCAUCCUGCCGGCGUCGAUCUUGGCGUUCCUGGGCCCGCGGCAUGAGAACGAGGCGCACCCACGGACGACGACUGAGGACUACAUGGUGCAACCACCGUGGAUCCCGUUCCCCACCACCAUGGCGUACCGGCGGCACGAGGCGGAGGCCAUCGCCGCCGUGUUCCGGCAGAACGCCUCCGGCGUGUCGGACAUGGACCGCUUCUACGAGAUGCAGCGCCCGUGCUGCCGCCUCAUCGUGCUCCGCAGCUGCCCCGAGGCGGAGCCGCGGCUGUUCCCGCUCCUGACGGACCUCCUCGCCAAGCCUGUCGUCCCCUCCGGCCUCCUCCUGCCCGACGAGGUGGUCGACGACGACGACGCCGGCCCGGGCGGUGACGGCGACCAGUCGUUCUCGGACGUCAUGCGGUGGCUGGACGAGCAGCCGGCGCGGUCGGUCAUCUACGUGGCGCUCGGGAGCGAGGCGCCGGUGACGGCGGACCACGUGUGGGAGCUGGCGCUGGGGCUGGAGCGCUCCGGCGCGCGCUUCCUCUGGGCGGUCCGUCGCCCCGCCGGCCACCCCUCCGGCGGCGCGCUGCCGCUGCUCCCGGACGGGUUCGAGGCCCGCGUGGCGGGGCGCGGGGUGGCGCGCGCCGGGUGGGUGCCGCAGGUGCGCGUGCUGGCGCACGCCGCCGUGGGCGCGUUCCUCACGCACUGCGGCUGGGGCUCCACCGUGGAGAGCCUCUUCCGGUUCGGCCUCCCGCUCGUGAUGCUGCCGUUCGUCGCCGACCAGGGCCUCAUCGCGCGCGCCAUGGCGGCGCACGGCGUCGGCGUCGAGGUGCCCAGGGACGAGCACGACGGGUCGUUCCGCGGGGACGACGUCGCUGCGACGGUGCGGCGGGUGAUCGCGGAGGAAGAGGGUCGGGAGCUCGCGCGCAAUGCCAGGCAGAUGCAAAAGGUAGUCGGCGACAGGGCAAAACAAGAGCAGUACGUGGAUGAGCUUGUGGACUAUUUGCGGCGCUACAAAUAA